UUUAUGAAAAGUAAGAUGAGGAUGAAAAUAGGCCUGUUCUCCCUAACCUAGGCUGCUGAGUCUGGGCAGCUGAAGGAAUUUUCAUGGUUGAAAAGUUUGGUUUGGACAGGUGGCCAGGGCACACCUUGAGGAGUUGGCAUGAGAGUUUGACCUGGACUAGUACUAUUCGGGGAAAAAAAAAAGUCAUGAUUUUUAAUAAUCCAUGGAGCCAUGGAAUGAAUGGUAGAGCUGAACCCCUUCUACAUCUGUAACGCGUCUACUGCCCUGGCUGGGAUUGCAAACACAACUCAAAGAUUUCCAGAAAUGGGGGUCUCAGGAAAAUCUGGGUCUGGAUGGAAAUGACUGUGAUCUACUCCUAAGCUGAAAGCUCUAGUAGUUCCCAAGGUGCCCCUGUCAGACUCAGAACUUGGACAACCAGACAGCCUAGUCAUAAGGUAGAUGACCUGGUGCCCACUGGCUCCACAUCCUGACAGAAAGAAACAGUAAAUGGGCACGUUUGAGCAAAGACCAUGUGCUCACAAAUCAACAAACUCCAGUCUCCAGGCCGUGUUGGAAUGGGGCUUGUUGGAGAGGUGGCCACAAGCUGCGUCUUACUAAGAGGAAGAAUCAAAUUUAACGCAGUCUUUUUGGGGCUCCUCGCCCUAUGUAGUAACUAGUCUCACUAGUUUCCGAGUGACAAGCUGAGGCCAAGAGAGCCUGAAUGAUUUGUUCGGCUCUAAACCUGGACAUUUCCAAGGCCUCCAGGUCGUCCCUGGCCAAGGCGGUGGCAGAGGGAGUGUGCGCCCUGAUGGACAGGAGGGGGACCGGGCCGCGGUUGCUUUAAAGGGCGGCUCUAGAGCUGCUGGGUGCAGGGCGCAGCAGCCCAGCGGGGUCCCCGGAAGCGCCAGCAGGACUGACACCGGGGGCGCUUCCACCUUUGGCGGGCUGCGGGCAUCUUCUCUUGGCUCCAGGCCAGGCGAGGAGCGGCUGUUGGGCCCCGCCCGGCAGAGGCAAGGGGCCGUAGGCGCAGGGGCCCGCGUGGCCGCGGAGAUGGCGUGGCACGUGCGGUGACGGCGCCCCGAGGGUCCCAGCGCUGCGCCUCGCGUCCCGGAGAAAGCAUGGAGCGCCCAGAGCCCGAGCUGAUCCGGCAAAGCUGGAGGGCGGUGAGCCGCAGCCCGCUGGAGCAUGGCACGGUCCUGUUCGCCAGAUGUGCGCCAGAAGAGCGCACCGCGCGGCAACGGGUGGCGCACCCUUUUCUGCUCUUCUCUGGGGCAUGGGCGCAUCUUAGGAGCCAGCGCAGCACACCCUGCUCUCAGCUGGCCUCGCUGGCGACAGGUGGGAUCCUCCACUCGAAUCUCUCUGGUUACACCUGGGCUCCUCACAGGGCCUCAGUUUCCCCUCGUCCCGGGCAGACAGCACCAUCCAGCAGGCACGUUAGGGACUUGAGAUCCUUGGAGGAGGAGGGGGACUUCCUUCAGGGGUGUACCCGCCCGCUGAGUGCCAGGUCCCCCUGGUCCUGGAAAACCCAGGCCCUGCAGCCCUCACUGCCCUCUGGUUGGGACCCCGGGUUCUGGGUUGUGGUCAUGUGCAGUAGGGUUGCUCGGGCCUCUCUGUCACUGCUGUCUCUGCCUUGGCAGGUGAUGCUCGUGAUUGACACUGCAGUGACCAAUGUGGAGGACCUGUCGUCCCUGGAGGAGUACCUUGCUGGCCUGGGCAGGAAGCACCGGGCAGUGGGCGUGAAGCUCAGCUCCUUCUCGACGGUGGGUGAGUCCCUGCUCUACAUGCUGGAGAAGUGCCUGGGCCCGGCCUUCACACCGGCCAUGCGGGCCGCCUGGAGCCAGCUCUACGGGCUUGUGGUGGCGGCCAUGAGCCGGGGCUGGGACGGCGAGUAAAAGGAGCCCCCUGCCCAGAGGCAGCCCCAGCUCUCUGCCUGUUGGUCUGUGUCCACUGUAGCCUUGGCUCCUCCAGGCCUCCCUGCAUCUCGGUCCUUGUCCCCUUGGCCAUACUGGAGAGGUGAUGGGGCAGGAGCGGGUCCCCCCUUCCCAAAUGCACAGCAGGAAGGGGCUUCUGGGUUCCCCUCCUCCCCGCAGCCUCCUCCCCGCCUGCCUUUUGACCUCCCUGGCACCUCCCUCUUGCCCCAUGAGAAGGAGAGAGUUUGGGGGGCAGAGGUGGCGUGGGGCUGGGAAGGAGCUCGCAGAGCCGGGGCUCCUCUCUGUGUCCGCCCUUCCUAGGACGAGUGGCUGGGCUCCAGCACUGCCCCCUGCUGCCCAGGCCUGUGCUGCUCUCCUGCCUGCCUCGGGUGUUUGUUUCAGACUUAGGGACAGAUGUGUCCCAGCAGUGGAGCAAGUAGUGGGUGCCUUGGGAAGGGGGUGCCUGCUCCACCCUGGGGCUCCUCUGGCUCUCAACUGCUCAGAUACCCCCAGAGAGAGUAGUUUUCCUUUGGCAGAACAUCCGGGCCCUCCCUGGGCUCUCCUGGCGGGGAUUCCCUGAUGCUGCAGGGAACAGCAUCAGGGGACAGGACUGGAGGGGCUGGGAAGGUCAAGGAGGAGGGGCCACCGAGUCACAGUGGCUUUUCCUCCACUCCCAGCUUCAGCAGGGCCGCCAUAUCUCCCCACCUCCUUUCUGCUCACCUGCUCAGGCUGGGGCCCCACAGCUGCCAUAUUUAAUGCCCGUGGAGUGCCAGGACUUGGGCAGGUGGCUGGAAGAGGAAGCAGCGGGAAGGGCCCUCUGCCACUGCUGGCCACCUCUACGACCCUUUUGCUCUCUGCUGUGGUCCUGUAAACUCUCGAGGAAUAAACAUGUCCUGUUUGCCUGUCUGA